UAAGCGGUGAUUCCGUCUCACAGAGUUUCUUUCUUUGCGAUAUUAACCAAAUACAAAACAUGGUUCUUCUCCUCAAACUGCUCCUCUUGAGUCUGACUUUUGACAAAUUUGUUGCUGAUUUGGAUCUGUUUUCUUGCCCGAAAGGCCAGCUGAUUAACAUGCACGGUGCAAGUCAGAAAUACUGUGCGGCAUGUCCUGAAGGAUACCACCAGCCCGAAGAGAAUUACUCCAAACAGUGCAAACCGUGCACAAAGUGUAACGAAGUGUCGGGAAGUGAGGUGACAGAGAAAUGCACAAAGGAGACGGACACAAAAUGUCAGUGUCGAGAAGGAUUUGUUCCUGUGGAGCCUGAUUCUGCUACUUGCGAAUGCAGUGUUGGAUUCGGGCUACGUCGUGGAGAAUGCUCAAAAUGUGAGGAUGGCUCCUUCAACCGACGUCCCGACACCCCUUGUAUAAAGUGGAAAGCGUGUAAAUCCGGCGUGAACAUCAGCGGAAACAGCACCUCUGACGUCAUCUGCAAUGGCGAGCCAAAGCGUCACCCACACAGCUCUCCCACGUCGAACCGCACUGUGUCUGUCAACACACCUCCACACGAGAGGGCCCAAAGUCAUAACAGCAUUCAUGCUGAUGCAACCACCACCACCACCGCAGUGCAUAAAAUGCUAUCUCGUGACAAAGUGGAGCCGGCCCCUCUUUCAACCACCACCAACUUCCACAUUGGUCUGGCCUUUCUCAUCUUUGGAAUUGUUGCACUGCUUAUUCUCAGUGCUGUGACCUGCAAAGGGCAUGUUACUACUUUUGUGAGGAGACGGCCAGCAGUGCAAAGGGAUUUGCUGUACCGCAGGCCCGUUGAAGAAAGCGGCGAUGGCACUUGCUCCAACCUGAAUCCAAAGAAGCCUUAAUCUCCUGGAUAAUAUCACAGCACAUGUUCAUAUUACCUUGUUUUUCGAUAUUACUGUAAGAAAGAACUGAGUCGUUUGCAUGUUGCGUCCUACAUUACUUAACUGCUACUAGAUGCAUAUUAAUGUUGCAGUUUUUUUUCUGUUAUUCUCAAAGUUUUGUUCGGUGUCUCUUUUACAAUAGUUGAAAACACUGCCACAAACAUGUUGUCAGCGACGUGUGGGCUCGAGGAAUUUCUCUGAACGAUGUCAAAUGUGUUUUGUUUCCCCUUUGAAAAUGUUAGCUCUCUCAUGCAUAUUUUCUUUGCAACCUCGCACAGCAAAUGUGAGGCGCUUCAUUACGAGCGCGCCUCAUCAUUCAAACAGUGGACUUUUGAUUAGGAGUGAGCGUGUGACGUACAAAACUGCUUUUUAUGUUGUAUAGAAAAUGUAUACAGUAAAUGCAUGGGACUGGAUGACCAACCAUCGGAUGUGCUGAGGAUUUUGUUCAGUCAUGCUCCAUGAAAAAAAAAUUACUUGAUUUGCAGUUGCGCAUGAUUAAAAUGUGGUAAACUGACAUAAUUUACCGUUCUUUACCUAUGAAAAUAAUCAAAUAUAUUAGUUUAACACAUUUUAAUCAUGUGCAACCAAUGGACAUGUUUGAAUUAUUCAAAGGACUGUUUUUUCAAUAACUCAAUAAUGAUGCUUCAAUGUUUUCAAAAUUACUCAAAAGGUUUGAAAGUGACCUUGUUCUGCAUUCGAAUGACUAUACCGGAAAUGCAAUGUAUUCAAUGUAAAAAAAAAAAAAAGUUCUCCUAUCUAAACUGCCUGAACAUAAAGACGUGUAAAUUGUUAGCAUUCAGGUGCAUGUGUGAGGAUCCUUUCAAUCCGGGAAGUUGUUGGGCUUCAAAGAAAUAUACAGCAGUUUGUGGGCAGAAUGAGAAUGUCGGGUUUACUUCUGCAAAGUACAGAAACUUCACAGAAGCAAAACUAAAUGCCUC